GUCGCCGGUGUCGGUGAUGCCUUCACCGGCGACGCCGCUGACUACACCGUCGGUCUCCUGCUCGACGUUCUCCGUCGCAUCUCUGCGUCCGAUCGGCUCCUCCGUGGAGGCGUUCGUGGUGGCCCUCCUCUGGCUUGCAAGAGGAGCAGAGCCAGAAAAUUUUUGUCCAGACAUGGCUGACAAUUUUUUCAUUACACUCUACUCUUCUGAAACUGACCACACCUUCCUCCCCUCUGAUUGACACGAACAACGAAGCACGAGCAGCAAGAACAUCUCCCCUUCCGUCAAUGGAUUGGAUCUAGGACGAGAACGGGGAAGUGAACGGACAGAGAGUUUUACAGCAGCAAGGACCAUCAAUUUGCUUGUGUCAGUGGACAUUACGGUAUCACCUGCCAUAGAUAAAGCGGCCAUGCCAUGCCGGUGGUGGCGGCGAGAUGGACCAGCAGCGACCGGUUCUCCGCCUCGGAGCUUCGUCCUUCGAGGGGCUCACCGACUUGCUCAAAUUCCAUGGCUUCCAAGUUCUCAAGCCAUGGGAGUCCCACCUCUCACUCGACGCAUUCUUGGCCUCCCACUGCUGCGCCGUCCGCGCGUUGCUAGUCUCCAGCCUCGUCCAUGUCGACGACGCCAUCUUGGAGAAAUUGCCCUCCCUCGGAGUCAUCGUCACCAUGAGUGCCGGCGUCAGCCACAUCGACCUCCAAGCUUGCCGGAGAAAGGGCAUCGUUGUCACCAACGCCGGUGACGCCUUCACCGGCGACGCCGCCGACUACGCUGUCGGUCUCCUGCUCGACGUUCUCCGUCGCGUCUCCGCGUCCGACCGGCUCCUCCGUGGAGGAUUUCGUGGCUGCCCCCUUCUGGCUUGCCAGGUUGCAGGGAAGAGAGUAGGCAUUGUUGGUUUAGGGAGAAUUGGUUCGGCCACUGCAAGGAGGCUACAGGCCUUUGGUUGCAUCAUCUCAUACACUUCCAGAACUAUGAAACCUUCAGUGCCAUUCACCUUCUUCACCAAUGUGCGUGAUCUUGCAGCCCAAAGCGAUGUGCUUGUGCUGACAUGCGCUUUGACAGAGGAGACGCACCACAUUGUUAACAAGGAGGUGCUUGCUGCAUUAGGCAAAAACGGGGUUGUGAUUAACGUAGGGCGAGGUUCGCUCAUUGAUGAGAAAGAGUUGGUGAGGAGCUUGGUGCAUGGAGAGAUUGGUGGCGCCGGCCUGGACGUGUUUGAGAACGAGCCCAAAGUGCCAGAGGAACUUCUCCAUAUGAACAAUGUUGUCUUGUCCCCCCAUAAAGCUGUCGCAACCUUGGAAUCACAGAAGGGAGUAUGUGAUCUUACUGUUGCUAAUCUGAUAGCCUUCUUUGAGAACAAGCCACUCUCCUCUGUAGUGGAACUGUGACCUGCAAUGGCGUUAAAUUCAUGGCUACAGUACGAGACUCAAGUAACGCAGCCUGAAGUCCUUUACAACAUGUUUCUUAUGAUUUCUGUUGUUUGGCUUAAUGUGAUCUAUCUGCUUCACUGGAAACACUUGGCAGAUUCAUGAAUUCUGCACAAAAUAAUGUUCUAUGAACAUCAUCUUGUUCUUGCUCCA